AUGGCAGGAGGUCCCCCUAACCUCAAGAAGGAGAUGGAAAUGUCCAUGGCAGAAGAGCUGCAUCCUGGAGGCCAAGUGCAAGGCCAGGAGCACCUGGUAAUGAGAGAAUCGCUGAACCGUGGAUCCCAGUCCCUGGGAAGUGCCUCCCAGCAGCGACAGAAUUUGGAACCAAAGGUUGCUGGCUCAAAUGCAAGCACACAAACUGGGGAUGUGAAUGCCUCCGGGGCCAAGAAAGCGGGUUCCCGAACAUCGAGAAAGGAAGCCCAAGGGGAUGCCCAGGAACAUCUUGGAAGCACGUGGUUCCCAUACAAUCGAAACACUAAUCAGUUGAAGCCCUCUGUUUUCUUAUUUGUUGGCAGCCUGAACACGGAUCUGAUUGCAGGGAUUGGCCUGGAAGAGUUGAAUGGGCUGGAGAUGGAAGUCAUGAGAAGACAGCUGAAUAUGAUCACUGGGCGUCUGCGGGACCUGGAGGAGCAGGGUGCCACCUGGUCUCGUCGGGAGACUCUGAUUUUCACCAUGCUGGUGUCGGUCUGUGUGGCCAACCUAUGGCUAUGGAUGCGUCGUUGA